AUGUACGACCUUCCUGCUCAGGAGUAUAGCCCAACCCCCUAUGGUAUUCGCACCGACUUCCCCCUUCUAUCCCUUUCCAACCAGAAGGACCCGAAGCGCGAAUGGUACAUUGCCAUCCUUGCAUGCGAAUACCAUGCUUCCAACAGUAGCGGUCUGCUCGGCCGCCUCUGUGUUUCCGAGACACCACGGUUCCCUGAAUCGACCCCAUUUCAACUCGCUUCCGCAUACGUCUGUGACGAACAGAUGGUUUCAUAUGGUCUCUUCGUCAUUCCAUCCUCUUGGGGGCUCGGUGGCCGUCUCCGUGACAACACCAAGAUCCUCACUGUGUUCCUACCCCAUCCCGGCCGUGAGCUCACGCAUGACCAGGCUGUGAACAUGCGUGACUACCACGACGGAAUGCAUCCCCAAGUGAUAUUCACGAUGUGGGCCGGAUUCAGCCUCAGAGAGCAAGGAUACUGCAUCAAGACCGAUGUCUUUCCCAGUCACGACGGUAUCCACCAAAUAUCACUCACCAAGGACGACUACUCCAUUCACAUCACCUACCAAUACUCUUCUGGACCGUCCGGCAACAUGAAGUGGCGCGCCCACAUUCAGGUUGUAUCACCGGCAUCGUCUUCUACCCUCAGCCGCGAAGAAAUACACCCCGACCUCUGCAGUGACAAUGCCGCCAAGGUCAUCGCAAUCGCGGUCAAACGGGAUCAGAGGGAAGGCUCCGAAGUCGUCCGUCUCCAGUCGCCGGCAGGCCGAGAAGUCAUCCUCGAAUUGAGAAUCGAGUUGGUUUCUGCAGCGUGCUAUCACUUGCGGAUUGCAGAUAAGACUGAAGCGCACAUGGCGACGGCUCAGGCGUCGGGCCCGGUGUCGCCCUGGUAA